AUCCAAAGAUUAAUUGUGAUCACAAUUGAUUUUAGUGAGACGCAAUCUCUUUCUCAGGCUUCGAGAAAUAGAGUUUCAUGAAAAAUAGACACAAGAAACAUAAGAGAAUUUAUAUAUUUUGAUUUUCGAAAGAGAAACUGAGCAACUCCACCAAGGAAUUGAUGCAAUUCUAUCCACGAUAAGAAAGAAAUAUGAGAUAACCUUCACUCCCUGUCUUACUCUUUCUCUUUCUCUUUCUCUUUCUUUCUUUCUUUCUUUCGAAAUGUCAAUUCCUCUGAAAGAAUAGACCCAAAAACCCAUAAACACACAUUGAAAGAUAUUCGCUUACCUCUUUCAUUUUCUUUCUGUUUAUCAUCUUAAAUGAUCAUUACCUCGAACCUAAUCUCACGCUCUUAACCACAAACGAUUCCUCUAGAAUUAAAUAUCCAUCAGAAUUAUUUACUUAUUGUAAAAUCGACAAACUAUGUUAGCCUCUUUAACCAAAUUCACAAUAAAGAUUACAAAUUUAAGGUCACCUAGGAGAUGAACUUUCUUAGGAAAAAGUUGAAACAACAUAAAAAACACGCAAACGAUGAUGAUGAUCUUGAUGAUUAUAUUCCACCCGUUCCACCUCAUCCAUCAGAACUUGCAAAACUCGAAGAACAGGCCAAAGAUCUGUUAACCUGUGAUAAUCUUUCAGUAAUAGUUAGUGAAAGUAACGCUCUUGGAUCAACCGCAACCGCAACAACAACCACAAGCCACGCAACUCCAAGUGGACUUCCCUCUAAACACAAGGUAGACAAGGAUAAAGAAGAGUGGAAAUUUUUUGAACAAUUGACAGCGAAGGUCGAAGAAGCCGUGGUCAGAACUCAGAGUAAUCUAGAUGAACUGAAAAAAGCCUCAGCAGCAGAAGAGAUCGCAAAAAAAUCUGAAUAUAGUGAUGAAGAUGAUAUACCAGUUGAUGACGAGUUUUUCGAAGAGACCGGAAAAGUGACCGGAGUUGUAGCUAAAGGGACAGCAAAUUGGGUAGCAUUGGACGAAGGUACAACAAAAAUAAACGAAAAGGAUAAAAUAAAAUCUCCAUCACCAACUGAGCCAAUUUCCAGUGAACAAUCAAAUCCAAUAGUCAACAGUAGCAACGAAAUCAGUCAACAACCAAUUAACCCACCAGUUGAUCUGUUGGAUGAUUUCGGGUUCGGGGAAGAGCCCAAGCCCAGUGAAUCAGUUCAACCCUCAGCGGUGUUAUUUGACUAUGAAAAUGAUUACCUUGAUGACCCCUUCGAUACAUCAUUCGUUGACAUAUCUAUUACCUCAAAAAUUGGGACGAUAUCAACUGGUCAAGUGUCAAACCAAAUUGAACCAACCAGUGAUUUAUUGAGUAAAUUAUUGAAAAAAGAGACAAAUUCAACUAUAACCCGACCCAGUGACCUAAGUUCAUUUAAACAAGCAAACUCAAUUGGAUCUCAACGAAACAUAGUUACAUCUUCUUCUUUAUCAAUUCAAUCACCUCUUGACCCUUUGGACACUAAUCCACCUGAAGACGAUUGUGUUGAUAAAAUUGAUUCCAAUCAUAGUGAUAAUAAUAUUGUCAACAGUAAUAAUAAUUUCACUAGUGCCAAAGUGUUAGCUGAAUCAAGUUUCUUCAACAGUGGUAAUAAAUCACCAGGAAUUGACCCUGUUGAACCUGAUUUUUUCGUAAGCAAUAAGCUUGGUCGCUCAUCUCGUUACGGCUCAAACGUAUCGAUAGCCUCAAUCAUGUCUAACCCUUUCUUGAACGAUAAUGAUUUUUACACCCCUGCAAUGGGUUCAGGGGCCACAACCCCUUUCUCGGGUGCAGCUACUCCUCGAAGGCGAGGAAGUACAAAUCCAUUUGAAGCGUCACCAGAAGAUGAAUAUUCAACCAAUCUGGAAGCAGCGGCGAUCGCUGCCCUCACCGAAGACUUUGUAAAUGCAAUUAGCGAACCACCUCCAGUACCGAAUGACCAACAUAAUAGACCUAAAAAUUUAAUCUCUGAUUUUCUGGAUCAAGAUGAUCUUCAAAAUCUAGUUGACCCUGUUAAACCUUUGGAUCUUGGUUCUUCUGCCGUUGAACCUUUCGAUCCUUUCGCAACAAUUCACGACGAGUUUGUCGAUUCACCGAAAUUAACAUCAGUGACCAGUAGUGAACCAGAAGGAGAUGUUUUAAUUUCCGCACAAGGUAAACAAGUAAAUGAAAACGAGGGAAUCGAUGGUCAUCUUCAAACUCCAGGUUUACCAUUGGAAUAUCUAUCUGAUGUUUCCGAUAACGAGGAGCCUUCACAUUCAGAAGAUGAGUACGGGAGGGAAAGGAAGUCCAGUGCCUUCCAAAUGGAAUUACUAUCUAAAGACAAAGACGAACCACCGCCAAGAUUUGAUCCUCUACCAGUGACCGUUAUAACCCGUAAUCUAAGCCUACCUCGAGAACCGAUCGCACUGACCACUGACUCUUCAGAAACAUCGCCCGAUGUCAGAAAUGAUGUUGAUCUUCCACCGGGUGCAACUUUCUUUGAUCCAUUCACAACAGUGAUCGACAAAGAUUCACCUUCAUCUCCCAAGAUAAUCGGCAUUUCAGCGGAUCUUGUUGAAUCGAUAACAAAAGCGGGAGCCUCUCGAGCAGCGGGACUUGCAGGUGAAUCAGGGAAUGAGCCAGAUGAUGAAGAUGACGAUGAUGACGAUAGUCCAGAAUCGAGAGGAACUGUUGAGAACCGUUAUUCGGAAGGUAUAGUUAAUCAUGGUUUCACUGAUAAACCACCAGUUGAAAGUCCAGGAGUAAGCAAUGAACAAAUAACUGGCCGAACGGGUCAAGUAUCGGUAUUAGAAGAUCAUGUUUCUUCAACUAAAGAUGAUCAAACAACCGAAGCUCUUGUAACCACCACUGCAAGUGAAACUGGUGCUUUGGCUGAGCCCGUAAGUGGAACUGGUCCACCCACACAAGACAACACUUUCGACGUUUUCGGUGGAUCAGAUUCUGGCCUUGCAGUGUCCAGUGGAUUCGAUAAUGAUCCAACCGAUUCAGGACGAGACCAAUUCGAAAAUUCUGAGUUUCUAGUUGAACCAGUACAAGAUUCGUUACCUUACACCGAUUCAGUGGCGUUUGACGCAUUUCAAGCUAAAUUUGAUUCGACUGCUAUUGGUGCCAAUCAGAACGAACAAAUUAUCGAAUCAAUUUCAUCAUCUUCAUUUGAUCCUUUCUCAUCACCGGCCAGUAAAAAGGCCACAAGCAAUAAUACAACUAAAUCAGAUGAUGUUGAUGGUUUCGAUACAUUUGAUCCAUUCGCUUCCGGGUCCAUCCAACCUCCGAAAAAUACACCAGCUAAACAAAAUGUCGGCUCAUUAUCGAUAGCGAAAAAAGAAUCCAAAGAUUCAUUUGAUGACGAUGAUGAUAAUGACUCUUUCAGAGUAGUAAUUAAAUCAAAAGCUAAAACCACUGAUUCAAAUAAGACAUUGACCGCCGAUUGUCCGAUGCCAUUGUUACCCCCACCACCGAAAACACCCAACAAGUCAAUCGCUUAUCAAGAUAAAGAUCCAGCUGAACCAAGGCAGGCCAAAAAACCAGAAGAGUUCGAUGAGUUCGAAAUGUUCUUUGACAAUUAUAUUUCAGGUAAAGAUGCUGAAUCAAAAACGAAAGAGUCGGAGUCAAGUGAUUGGCCUCCGCCCGCUCUUGGUGAAGCAGGAAGUAAAGGCCGAACAGAAUCAAUGGAAAGUCCAUCUACACCCUUAUUCGAUGAUGAUACUUCUCAACCAUUAGAAGACUUUCCACCCAAAUACGAAGGAAACGGAUGGGAAAUGUACCUUCGACAUCCGGCUAAGAAAAAGCUAACGGGUAAUCGAUAUUGGAAGAAAGUAUUUGUCCGUCUCUCCGAGAACUCGGUUAUUCAGCUAUUCAAUAAGCCGGGAGACAAUGAGCCUUUCCAAGAAUUACUUCAACCCUGUUACUCUUUGUCCGAAGUGACCUCCCAACAGUAUGACCAAUAUGGUAAAAUAUUCACAUUGAAAGUUCAAUAUAUUUUUUACCGAGAACGCGUUGGUGUUCGUAAAGGUCAAAUAGCCAAAGUGAUGCAAGGUCAGAUAACUUCGGUAAGUGGACUGGCGAAACUUGGUAUGCCCUUGGAACAUGCCCCUCAAGUGUCUCAGCUGAUUAAAUUGGGCUCAUUGGUUUAUAAUGAUGUUAAAGUUUUCGCUAAUUUAGUUGAAGAUGCUUUCUACCGAAUGGUGAUCCAUCGAGAUCGAGCUUUGACCUACAAAACUGAAGAGAUUCAGGUAACCGUUGUUGAUGAAUAUUAUGUUGAGACAACUAAAACUGGCCUGAUAACUAAACAAUUGGCUCGAGUUCGCGUUUUCCUGUUAGCCUUUAUCAAUGGUAUGCCGACCAUAGAGAUCGGUGUCAAUGAUAUGACUCGUCAAGGGAAAGAGGUUGUAGGUCGACACGAUAUUAUACCAGUGGUUACCGAAGAGUGGAUCAGAUUAGAAGCCGUUGAAUUUCAUUCAUCAGUAAUGAAGGAAGAAUUUGAAAAGGAAGAUAGAUUAAUAAAAGUUCACCCACCGGACGCUUGUUUCUACGAGUUGAUGCGAUUCCGAGUUCGUCCACCUAAACAACGGGAACUUCCACUUCAAGUAACUGCAAAUUUGACGGUUACAAAGGGUAAGAUUGAACUACGAUGCGAAGUCUUGGUUCCAGGUUGUAUAAGUCGAAAAUAUGGACAAAUUCCAUGCGAAGAUAUCGCUAUUAGAAUGCAUAUUCCCGAAUGUUGGAUAUAUUUUUUCAGAACAGAAAAACAUCUUCGCUAUGGUUCCGUAAAAUCGGCCGCUCGUAGGCCAGGGAAAAUUAAGGGCAUCGAACGCUUUUUAGGAGCAACAUCUAAUAUUCCAGAAUCGACCAUGUUGGAAGCGUCGGCUGGAGUCGCAAAGUACGAGCACUCUUUCCAUUCCCUUGUUUGGAGGAUACCACGUUUACCGAAGGAAGGUCAAGGUGCAUAUACACAACAAACGAUGGUUUGUCGUCUACCUUUGACUUCAUUUGAUCAAAUUCCCGAUAAAUUUUACGAAUAUGUUCAUAUUGAGUUCACAAUGCCAUCGACGACAGUUUCUCAUGCAGUGAUACGGUCAAUUUCCGUUACAAACGAGAAUCCACCGGAAAAAUACGUUCGCUAUGUGGCCAAGCAUGAAUACAGAACAGAAUUGAUGAUUAAUUUCAAGGAAAAAGAGGAUGAGACUGAUUAUCAAAUCGCUGCUUCGGUCCAAUUAACAUCUCAGCCCGUUACUGUACCAGAAACGGAUAAGGAAAACAAAGACAGUGAUGAUAGUGAUUAAAGGACGGAAUCAAUCAAUUGCUUCUGGUUUCAUGCUCAUCAACAUCAACAUAUUCAUGAUCAUUAUUUCAUCUCAUCAUCUCUAUCAUAAUCAUGUAUCAUUACAUCACAAUCAACGGACACAAUCAACGGACUUAAUUGUGUGUUCAACUUGUUGUGCAUAUAAAUGUGUGUGGUGAGCUAAUUAAUUGCUCUAGUAGACCAAUUGUGUGCUUCAAUUGUUAAUUUUAAUUGUUUAACAUGAAAAAAAAACAACAACAACCAAAUCAUCAAGAUAUCAAUAUAUCACUACAAAUUGUAAGCAAUUUGAUUAAGCAAUUAAAUUGGUAAAAUCAAAUCAAAGGAUCUGAUGAUUGAAAUAAUAAUAUUUUAGCUCAUACAAAGUAUGAUUAACUUUAAACUAUUGCAAAUUAAAGUCAAUAAUUUAAUUCUCA